AUGGAAGGAGUAGUUUCACAUCAUAAAUCAUCUAAGAAAAAAGUAUCAUCUUCCAAAAUGACACUUACCAAACCAUUUCUUUUUGGUGUAAAACAUUAUAAAGAUUUUUAUGCAAUACAACAAGGAGUUUUAAUUGCAUUAGCAAAUCAGUGUUUUGGAAUAACAUUAAAAAAACCAAGAAAGAAUGCUAAAUUAACACAAGUAUUUCCAAGAGUAAAAACAUUACACUUAAAAGAUGAAAAUGUAGAGAUUAUUGAUUUUACUGAUAUGGUUUGUCAUCCUUUAUUUGAAAAACAUUGUGAAGAUGUAAAGAAAAGACAAACAGCCCAAAGAAGAUUUGAAAAGAAUAAAAAAGUUUUUAUGCAAAAUUUGUUGAUAGAUAUCCUAUUAGAAUUUGGAUUCUUCUUUGAUUCUAAAAUGGCACGUCAUAGUCAAAAAACAUUUCGAUUAGAACGUAUUCAACGAGUAUUUUAUAAAGGGAUUGAAAUUCUCAAUCUUGAUAAUUUCAUUUCUAAAGGAAAUGAAGUAAAUGAUUAUCUUUGUGGGUUGUUUUCAAAUGAUAUUCAAGUAACUUUACAACGUAAUGACCCUUCAUUAUUAUCUGUUUUCGGCAUUUCAAUUAAUUAA